AUGGCGUGUCCCAACCUCCUUUGCUGUUUGAACUCUUCUCUGAGCCAGACUCUCUGCCUGGCGAUGAAGGUGCAGCAGCCGGUCAGCCAGCAACGCUGUCCUAUGGCCACACUCAACCAGAUGCACCGCCGUGGCCGCCCCAAAUGGCCCGAAACAGGCCCCAGCCCCAUGAACAGGUGUCCCCAGCUCAAGGCUGUGGUGCUAAAGACGAUGAUCAGGAAGCCCAAGAAGCCCAACUCUGCCAACUGCAAGUGCUGCCGCGUGCGCCUGAGCACUGGCCAGGAGGCCAUCUGCUUCAGCCCCGGCGAGGGCCACAACCUCCAGGAGCACAACGUGGUCUUGGUGGAGGGAGGCCGAACCCAGGACCUGCCCGGCAUCAAGCUCAAAGUGGUGCGUGGCAAGCAUGACUGCAGUCACGUACAGAAGAAGAAGUGA